UCUGUUUUCGGAAACUUUAACCGGGGGGUCGUCUCACGCUUCCGUCCUCGUUUUACUUCAGCCCUCCGUCCCCUCCGCUUGUUGCGUGUGCCGACUCCCUCUCUCAGUUAUCGCGUCAUGCUGCUGGUAGCAAUCGCAGCCAUCAAGCUGGGCUUAGCGGAAGGCACACUGCUGUUUGACUUGCCAUCGGGUUUGAAGUGCGCGUGGUACAGCCUGUCGCACCCUGCCCAGUACGCGGUAUUGAUCAUGACGCUGGGAUGCCUGUACGGGGUGAACCGGCUUUUCGACAAGCUUGAUAGUGCUAUGAAUGCUCGACUCUCCUGCGCGACGCGCAACUGGAUGCAACAGAGGAGGGAGGCGAUUGGGAUGUAGGGAAAACCGAAUCCAGGCUUAAGCGACCACGUAUGAGCAUAUAGAUAAGGAAGUGGUACACGCUGGCUCUGGAGGAGGAUCUGGAAGUGCGGGAUUCGGUUGUUUUCCGUCAAUGCUGGAGGAGGAUCUGGAGGUGCGGGGUUCGGUUGUUUUCGUCAAUGCUGGAGGAGGAUCUGGAAGUGCGGGAUUCGGUUGUUUUCCGUCAAUGCUGGAGGAGGAUCUGGAGGUGCGGGGUUCGGUUGUUUUCGUCAAUGCUGGAGGAGGAUCUGGAAGUGCGGGAUUCGGUUGUUUUCCGUCAAUGCUGGAGGAGGAUCUGGAGGUGCGGGGUUCGGUUGUUUUCGUCAAUGCUGGAGGAGGAUCUGGAAGUGCGGGAUUCGGUUGUUUUCCGUCAAUGCUGCGGAUCGCAAGAGUUGCAUAUCGUUCGUCACAAGACCGACUUGGAGACUGGGCGCGGAGAAGCUUGGGUGGAACGCAUUUGGGCCUAUUUUGCUAUGGGCGCGUUCCCGGCAUCCAACCAAAUUUGAAUUCCCACUUGGUUGUUGGCGCUCGAGGGAUGCUUUGCCAGUCUCAGGCAGAGUCCUACGGUUCAUUUGGGUGGAGCAGAUGGAGGUGGGGAUCAGUCGUUUUCCUUCAAUAUUGGGAUCGCAAGAGUUGCGCAUCGUUAGUCAGCAAACCGAGUUGGAGAUUGGGUACGGAACAGCUUGGGUAUGACGCAAUUGGAUUUUUCCUUGAGACGGGCACGUGUCCGGGAAAAGAGCUCAAAACGUUGCCACUGCGCUGUUGGCGCUCGAGGGGUGCUUUGCUCGUCUCAGGCAGUCUGUUUAAGGUUAAUGUUGGUUCAUGAAUAUAGUCAGGGAUCUGUCGUUUUUCUUCAACGUUGCGGAUCGUCCGUGUUGCUUCUCCGUUGUACGCAAUCAGAGUUGGCCAGCGGAGCAGGUUGAGUGUGACGCAAUCGAUCUACCUUGAGAUGGGCGCGUUCCCGGCAAACGACCCCCAAAAACGAAUUUCUACUUGCCUAUUGGACCUCGAUGGGUGCUGUCGCCAGUCCCAGGCUGUUUCUUACGGUGCAUUUAGUUGAAGGAUUGUAAGGAGUUGGGUAUGAAAGAGAUGUGCUUGUAGUUUGUUGUUUAUGUGUCUAUCCGAGCGGCAGCCUUUACGGCUAAGAGAAGUCAGGACAAAUCAAUCGCUGCUGCGUGUUUUGCCCCAGCUUUGUGGGACUCAUGCAUGGCCCAACACUGAACAAUACGUCAUU